AAGGGGUGGGAGGCGGGAAUUCGUCCGGGAGAGCGUGGUUGAGGAGACUGAUGAGGGUUGGAGGGGAAAGCUAGAGCCGCCCGGAGCCCGCGACCAGGCAUGGGUGGUAGCAGCCCCCUGAGGGAGAGAAAGAGGCUUGUGACCUUUCUUCUUUGUCAGCGCUCCACUGUAUUUUUUUUUUUUUUUUUUUUUUUUUGCGGAUAUAGCUUUCCUUUUCUUCUGUGAAGGAAAAGCUUUCCUUUUCUUCUGCCUAGCUCUGUAGGCGUUUCUUCGGUUUUCCCCUGGACAGGCAAGUCUGUCUCCCUUUCCCGGGAGUGCGCGAAAUCUGCGGGAAGGCUGCUUCCGCUUUCGCCCUACCGCCUUGCUGGCUGGUCGGUGUUGAUUGGAUCACUAGGGCGUCUGGAAUCUCUGCGGGCUGAGGGAGGAGGAAAGUAUGAGGACGGAAACCUGGGGAGAAGGGGAGCCUGUCCUCCCUUGAUGGGAGCGGAGGCCCGUUAGGCGGCCGGGAGCGACAGGCAGAUACUUGUGUUAUGAAUCUGAAGUAAAGAAUAAAGCAUGAUGGCUUCAAUGUGGUCUGAAUAUACAAUUGGUGGGGUGAAAAUUACCUUUCCUUAUAAAGCUUACCCAUCACAGCUUGCUAUGAUGAAUUCUAUUGUCAGAGGAUUAAAUAGUAAGCAACAUUGUUUACUGGAGAGCCCUACAGGAAGUGGGAAAAGUGUAGCCUUACUUUGUUCUGCUUUAGCAUGGCAACAAUCUUUUAAUGGAAAGCCGGUGGACAAAAGCUUAAGUAAAAAAGCUGAGGAACCAUUGUCAUGUUGUUGUGCAUGCCACUCAAAGAAUUUUACAAACAUUGACUUGAAACAAGGAACUUCACAUCAUUUCAAUUGUCCAAGUACACCACCUUCUGAAAGAUAUGGCACUUCAUCAACUUGUCAAGAAGACUCUCCUGAAAAAACUACGUUGGCUGCAAAGCUAUCUGCCAGGAAACAGGCUUCCAUGAAAAGAGAUGAAAAUGAUGAUUUUCAAGUAGAGAAGAAAAGAAUUCGACCCUUAGAAACUACACAGCAGAUAAGAAAGCGUCAUUGUUUUGAAAAGGAAGUGCGUCAUUUGGAUGCAAAAGUUGCUUCAGGAAAGACCACAAAACUCAACUCCCCAUUAGGAAAGAUAAACUCCUUUUCUCCACAAAAUCCCCCUGGUCACUGUUCCAGGUGUUGUUGUUCUACUAAACAAGGAAACAGUCAAGGUUACUCAAAUACCACUAAGAAGGAUCAUGGGGGGAAAUCCAAGAUACCCAAAAUAUAUUUUGGGACACGCACACACAAGCAGAUUGCUCAGAUUACUAGAGAACUCCGGAGAACAGCAUACUCAGGGGUUCCAAUGACUAUUCUUUCCAGCAGGGAUCAUACUUGUGUCCAUCCAGAAGUAGUGGGCAACUUCAACAGAAAUGAAAAGUGCAUGGAGUUGCUGGAUGGAAAAAAUGGCAAAUCCUGCUAUUUUUAUCAUGGCAUACAUAAAAUUAGUGAUCAACACACAUUACAGACUCUGGAAGGGAUGUGCAAAGCCUGGGAUAUAGAAGAACUUGUCAGCUUGGGAAAAAAACUAAAGGCAUGUCCGUAUUACACAGCACGGGAACUAAUAGAAGAUGCUCACAUAGUAUUUUGUCCCUACAACUAUCUUCUAGAUGCACAAAUAAGGGAAAGUAUGGAUAUCAAUCUGAAAGAACAGAUUGUCAUUUUAGAUGAAGCUCAUAACAUUGAGGACUGUGCUCGGGAGUCAGCAAGUUACAGUGUAACAGAAGUUCAACUUUGGUUUGCUCGAGAUGAAUUAGAUACUAUGGUCAACAAUAAUAUAAGGAAGAAAGACCAUGAACCCCUACGAGCUGUGUGCUAUAGCCUAAUUAAUUGGUUAGAAGCAAACUCUGAACAUCUUGUGGAAAGGGAUUAUGAAUCAUCCUGUAAAAUAUGGAGUGGAAGGGAAAUGCUCUUAAAUUUACACAAAAUGGGUAUCACCACUGCUACUUUUCCCAUUUUGCAGGGACAUUUUUCUUCUGUCCUUCAAAAAGAAGAAAAAGUCUUACCAAUUCAUGGUAGAGAGGAGACAAGAGAAGUACCGAUUAUUAGUGCUUCAACUCAAAUAAUACUCAAAGGACUUUUUAUGGUGUUUGACUAUCUUUUUAGGCAAAACAGCAAAUUUGCAGAUGAUUAUAAAGUUGCUAUUCAACAGACUUAUUCUUGGAUAAAUCAGACUGAUUCUUCAGAUAAAAAUGAAUUCUUUGCUCAAGCAAAAAGUAGGAAACGUGUAAGACAGAAAACUGCAGUUCGCGUGCUAAAUUUUUGGUGCUUGAAUCCAGCUGUGGCCUUUUCAGAUAUUAAUGGCAAAGUUUGGACCAUUGUUUUGACAUCUGGGACAUUAUCACCAAUGAAAUCCUUUUCAUCAGAACUUGGUGUUACUUUUAGUAUCCAACUGGAGGCUAAUCAUGUCAUUAAUAACUCACAGGUUUGGGUUGGCACCAUUGGGUCAGGUCCCAAGGGUCGGAAUCUCUGUGCUACCUUCCAGCACACAGAAACUUUCGAGUUUCAGGAUGAAGUGGGCGCACUUGUGUUAUCUGUGUGUCAGACUGUGAGCCAAGGAAUUUUGUGUUUCUUGCCAUCUUACAAGUUAUUAGAAAAGUUAAAAGAACGUUGGCUCUCUACUGGUUUAUGGCAUAAUCUAGAGUUGGUGAAAACAGUCAUCGUAGAACCACCGGCAGGAGAAAAAAUUGAUUUUGAUGAAUUACUACAGAUGUACUAUGAUGCAAUCAAAUACAAAGGAGAGAAAGAUGGAGCCCUCUUGGUAGCAGUUUGUCGUGGUAAAGUGAGUGAGGGUCUGGAUUUCUCAGAUGACAAUGCCCGUGCUGUCAUAACAAUAGGGAUUCCUUUUCCGAAUGUGAAAGAUCUACAGGUUGUACUAAAGCGACAGUACAAUGAUCAGCACUCCAAACUGAGAGGUCUUUUACCUGGUCGUCAAUGGUAUGAAAUUCAAGCAUAUAGGGCCUUAAACCAGGCCCUAGGCAGGUGUAUUCGACACAAAAAUGAUUGGGGAGCUCUUAUUCUUGUGGAUGAUCGCUUUAGUAGUAACCCUGCACAGUAUAUAUCUGGACUUUCUAAAUGGAUACGGCAGCAGGUUCAGUACCAUUCAACCUUUGAAAGUGCAAUGGAGUCCUUGGCUGAAUUUUCCAAAAAGCACCAGAAAGUCAUUGAUGUAUCCAAAGAGGACAGAAAGUUUAUACAGGACAGUGGGUCUACACUUGAAGUGGCCGGUUUGAAGGACAAUACCUUAACUUACUUAUCAGAAGCAGCAAGCCAUCUACCACCAGAAAAUCCUAGGGAAGGUGAAGCAAAAAUGUGUGUCCAAGAACUACACUGUCCUAAAAUAACCACAAGUCUAUCUCUACCAGGAGACAUCAUCUCCCGAAAGGACCAAGAUGAUCCUAUAUUAUUGGAAGAGUCUGCCCAGACAAUGAAAGAAAGAAUUGUGAUUUCCAGAUCAACAAGCCCAACCUUCAACAAACAGACAAAGAGAGUUAAUUGGUCUAGCUUUAAUUCUUUGGGACAUUAUAUUACUGAUGAAAUUCUGACUGCAGCACCUAAAUCCAGGUCACCAGAGGACUGUGCCUCUAGUGCUUCCCCUUUUGAAACAGAAAAAGGAUGCAAAACAGUCUUACCACUCACUGAUAAAUGUGAGUCCUCAUCUCUGACGGUAGACACAUCAUUGAGGGCAGUUGAACCAUGCCCUCAGUCAGAAAUCGUUAUUUCACCAAUAAAGAUUGAUGCUACUCUUCUUAAAGAAAAUUAUUCCAAACAGCUGUUCUAUGAAGAAACCCUGGGUCCAGACAUUGAAUUGUCUCUAGUUGGUAAAGAAGCUAAACUUUCUACUUCAAAUAGAGCUUCUGACACAGAAGCAGAGGAUGAAUCUAUCUAUUUUACACCUGAACUUUAUGAUCCUGAAGAUACAAAUGAAGAAAAGAAUGAACAAGUUGAAAGUGAUAGAGAUAAUAGAUUGGCUAAUAAUUCAAAAUGCAUUUUAGCUGAAGACCUUUUUGAAAUUAGAACUGAGAAAGGAGUCCAAGAAAUAAAAGCUGAGGAUUGCACAAAGUUGAAUAGACUCAUGAAUAAAAGUAAAAUUGAGGACAAUGGUAGUAAUAUAAAAACAACUCAUAUAAAUGAAUUAGACCUGGGAAAAACUCAUGAAACAGAUACAAAAGAAUAUUAAACAGUCUCCUUCCAACAAAUAAAGAUGUAUUCCCUGGUGUUAGGUAAUAAUACUUAACUGUCACACACUAAAAAUGUGUUGUCAUGCUUGUAUUAAACUCUCUUAUAAAUGACAAUUUCUACACUGGAUAUGUGGUAUAGCUUUUUUUUUUUUAAUGUAUUUUUCACUUUAACUCAUUGUUAUUACAGUGUUUUAAAAGUCUAUUUUACAUUCAGAAUGUUUUAUUAUUUUCAAGUUUUGAUAAAGAGAUUCAUACAAAAUAUUUUCCUCCAAGAAGUCUUCCUUAGCUGAAUACAAUUUAAAAAUUAACCAAUGUGAAAGAUACAUAGUUUCCGAGGGUACUUCAUAUGUCGCAUAAAUAUUUUUUUUAUUUUUUUUUACAUUUGUUUAUUUUUGAGAGACAGAGUGUGAGCAGGGGAGGGGCAGAGAGAGAGAGGGAGACAGAAUCAGAAGCAGGCUCCAGGCUCCAAGCUGUCAGCACAGAGCCAGAUGUGGGGCUUGAACCCAUGAACCGUGAGAUCAUGACCUGAGCCAAAGUCAGAUGCUCAACCGACUGAGCCACCCAGGUGCCCCUGUCGCAUAAAUAUUUGUAUUUUGUAGUCCUGUUUUUAUACAUAAAACAUCUGUUUAAUACAUGAAAAUGAAUAGCAGUCUAAUCCAGUCAUAUCUCAGUCUUGUUUCACUUACGUAUUUACUUCAAAUCAAUAUAUUAUUUUAGAAAUCAGAGUUUUCUUGAAAAGCUUAUUCCUGUAUUAAACUGCCUACUUAGAGGGAAUUAAGAAUUAAGGAAGAAAACUGCAUGUAUUUUUAACUGAUGUUGCUUUACAUUUUUUCAUUUGAUAAAACACAAUCAAGCACUGAAUAUUUAGCAAAUUAUAUAAAGUUACAAAAUGGUAAAGGAAUGACUCCAAAUUUUUAAUUCUAAUUACUUAGCUUUAUCAUUGUAGAAAAAAGUGAAAUGUUCUAGCAUGAAGGUUGUAAUUAUGAAACUGUUAAGAUAGAAAACUCCAUAUAUAAAUUUUAUAAGUAAACCCAAACAUGUAACUGCAGGUGAAAAAUGUUUUCUUAUAGCUCACUAAAUUUUUCUGUAAAUUUUGACUCUGUUUAUGUAUUUGUGAAUGAAGCUAUACUUCUGAUCAAAAAUGGUUAUAAAAGAUGCAUUUCUCUGUCAUCAUUCCAAAAAUACAUUCACUCCUCUUUUUCUAAGAAACAUGUCUUAUUCAAUGGACAUUUAGGCUUCAUGUGAGCGAUUUGAAUUGAAAAAUCUUACAAGUUGUUCAAGUUGUGGAUGUGGUUUAUUUUCAAGUCAAAAUUUCCAGGAAUCCAGUAUUUUAUUUUAUUUUAUUUUAUUUUUUUAAGUUAUAUCUAAGUUAGCAUAUAGUGCAACAAUGAUUUCAGGAGUAGAUUCCUUAAUACCCCUUACCCAUUUAGCCCAUCCCCGCUCCCACAACCCCUCCGGUAACCCUGUUUGUUCUCCGUAUUUAAGAGUCUCUUAUGUUUUUGGCCCCUUCCCUGUUUUUGUAUUAUUUUUGCUUCCCUUCCCAUAUGUUCAUCUGUUUUGUAUCUUCAAGUCCUCAUAUGAGUGAAGUCAUAUGUUUGUCUUUCUCUGACUAAUUUCGCUUAGCAUAAUACCCUCUAGUUCCAUCCACAUAGUUGCAAAUGGCAAGAUUUCAUUCUUUUUCAUUGCCAAGUAAUACUCCAUUGUGUAUAUAUACCACAUCCUCUUUAUCCAUUCAUCCAUCGAUGGACAUUUGGGCUCUCUCCAUACUUUGGCUAUUGUUGAUAGUGCUGCUAUAAACAUUAGGGUGAAUGUGCCCCUUUGAAACAGCAUACCUGUAUCCCUUGGAAAAAUACCUGGUAGGUCAAUUGCUGGCUCAUAGGGUAGUUCUACUUUUAAUUUUUUGAGGACCUCCCAUACUGUUUUCCAGAGUGGCUGCCCCAGUUUGCAUUCCCACCAGCAGUGCAAAAGAGAUUCUCUUUCUCUGCAUCCUCGCCAACAUCUGUUGUUGCCUGAGUUGUUAAUGUUAGCCAUUCUGACAGGUGUGAGGUGGUAUCUCAUUGUGGUUUUGAUUUGUAUUUCCCCGAUGAUGAGUGAUGUGGAGCAUUUUUUCAUGUGUUGGUUGGCCAUCUGGAUGUCUUCUUUGGAGAAGUGUCUAUUCAUGUCUUUUGCCCAUUUCUUCACUGGAUUAUUUGUAUUUUGGGUGUUGAGUUUGAUAAGUUCUUUAUAGAUUUUGGAUAGUAAUCCUUUAUCUGAUAUGCCUUUUGCAAAUAUCUUCUCCCAUUGCAUUGGUUGCCUUUUCGUUUUGCUGAUUGUUUCCUUCUCUGUGCAGAAGCUUUUUAUUUUGAUGAGCCUAAAUGAUGAUAGUUCAUUUUUGCUUUUGUUUCCCUUGCCUCUGGCGACAUGUUGAGUAAGAAGUUGCUGUGGCCAAAGUCAAAGUUGCAGGCCAAGUUGCCUGCUUUCUCCUCAAGGAUUUUGAUGGCUUCCAUCUUACUUACAUUUAGGUCUUUCAUCCAUUUUGAGUUUAUUUUUGUGUAUGGUUUAAGAAAGUGGUCCAGGUUCAUUUUUCUGCAUGUUGCUGUCCAGUUUUCCCAGCACAACUUGCUGAAGAGACUGUCUUUAUUCUAUUAGAUACUCUUUCCUGCUUUGUCAAAGAUUAGUUGGCCAUACAUUUGUGGGUCCAUUUCUGGGUUCUCUAUUCUGUUCCAUUGAUUUGAAUGUCUGUUCUUGUGCCAGUACCAUACUGUCUUGAGGAUGUACAGCUUUGUAGUA